AUGGUGUGGGGUUUUGGUGAUGAUGUGUAUGUUGGGUCUAUUUUGAUUGAUUUUUAUGGUAAAUGUAAGGAGGUAUUAAGUGCACGUAAGAUAUUUGAUGAAAUGUCUGACAGAAAUGCGGUUUCUUGGACACCAAUGAUUGUUGGAUAUGCAAAUGUUAGGGAUUUGGAAAACGCUAAUAGAGUGUUUGAUAGAAUUCAGGAGAGGAGAUUACCGUCGAGGAAUGCAAUGAUUGCUAUGAUUGAUGGGUAUGCAAAAGCUGGGGAUAUGGUGUCUGUAAGGGCAUUGUUUGACGAAGCUCUAGAGAAGGAUAAUGUUGUAUGGACAGAAUUGAUUUCUGGGUAUUCUCAGAAUGUGGAGCCUAAUGAGGCUGUGAAGAUAUUUCUUGAAUUGGUGUCAAUGAAUAUUCUCACUCCCUCAAAUUAUGCUCCACUUAUAGUUUUCUACGUCAAGAGGGAAGCCAAUGCUGAUGCCACCCAAUUCAUAGCUUACCUCAAAAAAUCUAUGUCAGAGAUCCUGAGUGUGCUCUACACGUUUUCUGGUAGGGUAAAAGAUAACAUGUUUGUUGACCAUUUUGACGAAGGUGCUCCGCUUAUGGAAGCUCAAGUUAACUGUAGCUUGUCAGAAUUUCUUGAUGAUCCAGAAAUUGAAUCCUUGAACAAAUUCCUUCCACGUCAACCUUUCACCAAGCAAUUACGCGACGACUUGCCUCUAAUAGUUUUCCAAGUGAGCCUAUUCUCGUGUGGGGGAAUAGCACUUGGAUGCUGCAUGUCACACAAGUUUGGUGAUGGAGCAACUGCUGCCAUUUUCUUCAGUGUAGGGGCUGCCAUUAGCUGUGGCUCUCCUAGAGAUGAAAUAGCGCUUCCAAAUCUUAACAACGCAGCGUUAAUGUUCCCACCAAGAAAUCAGUUGCCCCAAAACAACGUAUCUCUACUUGAAAGCAUAUGGUUUGAGGAAGGUAACUAUGUUACAAGGAGAUUUGUGUUUGAUCACAAGGCGAUAGGGAACCCCAAGGAACAAGGCCAGAGGGGAAAGCACGUGUCAAGCUCUCCGAGACCAUGCUUUUUUAGACAAGCGGUGAACCUGCGGCCGCGGAUAAAAUCAGGCUUAUUGGAUGGAGCAAUUGGAAACCUAUUUUGGUGUGCAGAGUAG